CACUGGACUAUAAGGCUCACUGUCGGCUUUUGAGAAAAUUUUAGGUUUUUAAGUGCGCCUUAUAGUCCGGAAAAUACGGUAAUAAAUCAAUCUAUUUUUUACAAUGAACUAUAUCAGAUUCAUUAUUAGUGGUGGGUAUUGCCAACAAUCGUACGAUACGAUGCGUAUCACAUACAGGGUCACGAUACGUAUUGCAAUAAAUGUAUAUCGUGAUACAUGGCCUUUGAGAAGAUAUGUAUCCCAAUAUUUUACAUUACUUUGCACACCAGGGUGCAGUUUGUGCACCCUUAUUUAUUAUACAGUAUAUCAAGCUUUUGGUCUCAUAGGUUAAGGUGACACUAAAUUAAAGGGUAAUUAUCCAUCGAAUUAAUAUAAAAUCAGCUUGGUUUUGAAACAAUAUGUGUAAGGGAAAUUAUCAAAUGUUAAUAGUCCUUAUUUUCUCUUGUCACUAAAGCUGUAUCUGAAGUUUCCUCCUAACUUGUGUCUCAUAGCAAAAAACAAAUAAAAGCAAAUCAAGCAAGCGACAGCUUGUAACUCCAAAAACUCGUACGGCUCCCAUCUCUCGCUGCAUAUUUGCUACCGCCAAGUGUGUCACUUCCCUGUAAGGCGGCAGAGAGAGCAGCCGAGUGGAAAAAACGUGUGGUCCCGUCCAUCAUCUCUGUUUGUGCCACUUGAAGGUGGCAUUACUCCCACCCCAGAGUAUCAGUGCCCAUCGUCCAUUAUGUCUCCAUUAGCCUGCCAAAGCACAUUGUAAAUAGACGUGACAGCGGUGAUGCUGUACAGACUCGUCGCUCAGUCAUGAAUCGCUGCUUAUUAAUGUUACAACAAAACGUAGAAGGGAGAGCUGCGAUGGAAACCAAAUGGAAUUUCUCUUAAGGCACUGCCCAUCUUGAUUCCUUUUUGUAUUGGGGAAAUUGGAAGAUGGCGAAAAAUAACGGUAAUUGAUUUUGAGAUUAUUUGUCCAUUGUGUGGAAGGCAAAAACUGUGGCAACCAGCAGAGGCGCUGUUCAUUCACUCAACUUAUUUACUGUCCAAAGAAGACAACGUGACGGCAACUGUUUUAUCAGACAAUUACAAUUUUGCUUUUCUUGUGACCGAAAACCUUUUUCUCACAACCUUAGAAAUGUUUGCCAAAUCUUUUCAAACCUAACUCCCAUGACAAAAAAAAAAAAAUCCUGUAAAUUUUUGCUCUACAAUAACUUUAAUCCCAUUAAAUUAAGGCAUUUUUCCCCACAUCAUAAGUGGAAAAACACAUUUCUCUGUUAUUAAAAUGAGAAGGGUUGUUCCAUCGAUAAAUCCAUUUCAAAUUGUUGGUCGAUGAGGUGUAUUGUUAGAAAGUCAAAAAAGAACAAAGUCCGGUGGUUGUUUGAUAGGAGCAUGCGUGGCGUGUUCCAAGCUCAACCUCCUGCUAUUGUGUCGUGCGGACUCUCACUCCCUUCCUCAGACUCAGGACUUCUUUGUGAUUCACUUCCAGUAAAGCUCAUCAGCUUGAUGCAAGCUGCCGUAGUGACGCUCCGACAUUGUGGACACAAGUAAGAAAAAACAAUUAGAUGAGUCUUCUCUGACUAAAAUAUUGGCUUACUGACCAAUGUACAGCUGCCAUGGAUCACCGACCUUUCACGUCCUAUUUGUUUCCUUUAAUUAUCAAAUCUUUAAUCUCAAGUAACUUUCAUUGACUUGUUUUAUUUCUACGUGCAUGUUCCUACUCCUCCUCUCUCUGUGAUGUUGCAAUGGAAAGCCCAACACUUGCCAAUUGCCAUAUAUAAGCCUGAUGGAGAGUGGAGGGAGGGAGUGUGGCCACAUGGUCAUGGUCAUUUAGACCUUCUCUCUCUCACACACAUAAGCGGAGUCAGCGUGGUCAGCUGCCUCCAUCAAAGCCUUGUAGGACGGAUUAAGCAGUGGACUGCUAGAAAUGGAAAGUGAGGGCUCACAAAGAGGAGGAACGGUGUGCUUUUGGCGCCCGUGAGCCGAGAUGGGAGACUGGAGCUUCUUGAGGAACGUCCUGGAGGAGGUCCAGGAGCACUCCACGUCGGUCGGCAAGGUGUGGCUCACCGUGCUCUUCAUCUUCCGUAUCCUGGUGCUGGGCACGGCGGCCGAGUCGUCGUGGGGCGACGAGCAGAGCGACUUCCUGUGUGACACGCAGCAGCCCGGUUGCACCAAUGUCUGCUACGACCGCGCCUUCCCCAUCGCACACAUCCGCUACUGGGUGCUGCAGAUCGUUUUCGUGUCCACGCCGUCGCUCAUCUACAUGGGCCACGCCGUGCACACGGUGCGAGCCGAGGAGAAGCGUAAGCGGCGGGAGCAGGAGGAGAGGGAGGCCAGAUCGCAGGAGGGCGAGGAAGAGAUGGAGGGUGAGAAGGAGUACCUGCAGCAGAAGGAGAACGUGAUAGAGUCGGGGGCGGACGGGCGGAGCCGGCUGCGCCUCAGGGGUCCGCUCCUCCAUACGUACAUCCUCAGCAUCCUCAUCCGCAGUGCCAUGGAGGUCAUCUUCGUCACCAUACAGUAUAUGAUCUACGGGGUGUUCCUCAAGGCACUGUACCUGUGCACGGCGUCGCCCUGCCCGAACCCGGUCAACUGCUACAUGUCGCGGCCCACAGAGAAGAACAUCUUCAUCGUCUUCAUGCUGGUGGUGGCCGCCGUGUCCCUGGCGCUGUCCGUGCUCGAGCUCUACUACCUGGGCUGGAAGAGCCUGAGAGCCUGCCUUCAGCGCAAGGCCGCGCGCCGUACCCUGCCUGCCGUGACGCCAAUGGCGCUGGAGCCUGACGGCCCGGUCGCCCCACGCACCCCGCCUCCCGACUUUAGCCGCUGCGUCAACCCCCUGACCUCCAUGGCGCCCGUUCCCUUCAGCAACAGGAUGGCGCUGCAGCAGAACUCGGCCAAUAUGGAGGCCGAGCGCCACCACAGCAGGGACAACUUGGAGGACCAUGAGGACUUUCUUCAGAGAUACCAGGGGACACCGCCGCCCCGGGGGCUUUCCAAUAACUGCCACCCUAUGCCCGCACUGUACACUGGGGACAAACGUCGUCUGAGCAAGACGAGCGGGAGCAGUGGGCGAGUACGACAUGACGACCUGGCCAUUUAAACACUGGACCCUCAGGAACCACUUUGAACUAUAGACAACAUGCGGGGUAACACAACAGACACUUGACGUUUGCACUUGAAUAGGUUUUAUAGUGAGCAGGGAGCGCUACGGUAGACUAUUUCAUCGCAAGGACGUUCUUGUGUAAAUUUACACAACAGUCGGUCGGGCAGAAGUGCUGAACAGCUCGCCCGCAGUCACAUUUACAGAAACAAAGAAUUGACUUUGUUGUUUAAUUUUGCACUUGAUGGUCGAGUAGGCACUCCAAAGACUUCUCUACUGUAUUUUUAACGUAUGCCUUAAUGAGAGUCAUGUGAUGUAUUACUUCUUAUGUUCAUAGAUGAAAAAUCACGUCACCUAAAAUUGAAUGAAAAUGUUCACGUGAGAAGUCCCUUUCAGAGGCCCCACGCGGACGCCUGCUAUUUUAUAUAUGGCCACCAGGUGGCAGGAUUGCACUUAUUACGUUUAUCCCUUGUCUCUUUGUCUUUUGUUUUGCGAAUACGUACGUCUCUAUGCAUUUUUUUUCAAUGUUCACAAGUGAUUUUUAUUUCCUUUAUUCGUAUUUUGCAAUAUAAUGCAGUGUGCUUGGACAAAUGAUCAAUUCAUGAGCUUUUUCAGACUAAUGUUUCAAUAUAAUUUUAGGUUUUAGAGUAUUACAGCAACAAUCCAUUCAUCCAUCUGUAUAUCCAUAUGCAUUUUCAUAUAUAUAUCAAUUCACUGCAGUUUUUUCCUCAAUAAAUGAUCAAGUUUGUUUA